AUGAUCAACGUGGUGGCCCGGAGGCUGAAGCCAACUGGCGGAGUAAAGGUUGACCACGCUUCAGCAAACCGGGAGCUUAGGGAAGAGCUUGAAGGCAAAGCCAGGAACAGCUCCAACGCAGAGGACAAAACCAUGGAUGCCAUCGACGACGCCGAUUUGGUUGACGUGCUGGGUGAAAUUGAAGGCCUGGUAGAGCAAGAGGAAGUUACGGGGGAUGGCGACGUCAACGCUCAGCUGGAGGCAGCACUAGGCGAGGCGCUAGACCCUACAGAGGAACAGCAGGCAGAGGAGGACGGCACCGCAGCGCAGGAAGCUGAGCCCGCCGAGCCCGAGGAUGCCACUGCCGCAGCAGCGGACGAAGCCGACGUUGUAGAACGUGACAACGCCGCGGAGGCUAUUGCUGAUCCGCAGCCCCAGGCUGAUGAUGAGACCCCAGCAGCAAGUGCAGAUGAUGACGUCGACGACGUGCUAGGCGAGAUAGCGGCUGCGCUUGAGGCGCAGGGCGGCGUGUUAGCCGGCGAGGACGCUGCAGCGGACGUCAACACGAACGCCAACACGAAAGCGGACGCUGCGGAGAGCCCAGCUGAUGAACCGCCAGGGACCGCCGCCGAAGCUGGCGUUGGCGACGAGGCACCAGCUCCUACCCAGACCGACGCCAAUGCAGUAGAAACGGAGGCUAAACCUGUUCCUGGCCUCUCCGCCAAGACUGCGACAACCAAACCCGGCAUCACUGUUCCCAAGACUUCUGCCGUCGCUGUUGCACCUGCGGUCGGCCGCAAGGGACUCCUCCCGCCAGUCCGCAAGGCCGUCACCGUUGCGCCCACCAAGGCAGCAGCGGCGCCCUUGACGGGCGCGACCGCAGGCAGCAAACCUGCGGCAGGAGGCGUCGCCGUCAGUGCCAAACCUGCGGCCAAAGCCGCAGCUACAGGCGCAGCCGCAACCGUCAAGCCGGCUGUAAUAGGCAAGGCCGCCGCGGCCGCACCAGCUGUAGCUCCAAAACCAGGAGCUGCUGCUAAACCAGUUGCGACAGCGGCCGCCGCCAAGCCGGCUGCUGCGGGCGGGGCCAAGCCCGUAGCGCCUGCCGCAACCAAGGCGGCCGAUGGAGCGCCCAGCCGCGUGGGGGCAGUAAAGCCGGCGGCGGCAGCAUCAAAUACAAAGCCUGCUACCAUUAGCGCGGCGAAACCUGCUGCCGCGGCGGCGGCAGCAAAGCCGGUUGUUGCCGGGGCGGCUAAGCCCGCCGCUGUACCUGCGGCGAAGCCCAAGGCUUUGGCUGCACCGAAAGUCAUUCAGGCGCGGCUCGUUCCCGAUGAUGACGCGGAGGACGAUGACGCAGCCGCUGUCGAAGAAGCCAAGACCGCAGCAGCACCGGCUCCAGCCAAGGGCGCCAAGAAAGUGAGCGCGCCAUCUAAGGGCGAGGCAGGUGUGGCCGGUAAGAAGGGCGCGGCAGCUGGCGGAGCUGCCGCCAAGGCGCGCGUCGUGACGGUGGGUGCCAAGGCCUCAGCCGCCUACGAACUGUUCAAGGUCGAGCACAAGCAGCAGCUGAUAGAUGAGGGGAUGGAGGCGGCUGAGGCGGCUGAGCAGACAGUGAAGGAUUGGGCGGCCCUGAGCGCUGAAGAGAAGGCCGAAUAUGAGGCACGGGCCAAGGAACAGGCGAGAAAUGAUAACGACAAGCCGGCACCCACGCAACUCAAGGCCCAGCAAGCCAAGGCUCCUAAGGCCCCUAAGGCCGCACCGGCGGAGGCGGGACCCAAGUACUACACCAAUGGCUACAUGUUGUUUCUGGAGGAGCGGCGCCCCGAGAUCGUGGGUGCCCAUCCGGAGGCAUCCUUCACCGACGUUGGCAAGCUGCUGGGGGCCGAGUGGCGUGGCCUUGGCAAGGAUGACCAAGAGGAGUACAACAAGCGCGCCAAGGCGCUGAACGCCGAGAGUGGCGCACAGCCGAAGCCGCGGAAGAGCAAGAAGAAGGACGAGGCGGCGGAGGGAGAUGGCAAGAAGCAGUCCGGCAAGGCGGCGGGCGGGUCCAAGAAGGCGGCACCGGCAAAGGGGUCUGGCAGGGGCCACAAAAGGUCCGCCGGUGGGGCGGAUGGCGACGACCCAGAUGGACUCAUGAAUUUAGCGGUGGCGGCAGCCGAAGGCAUGGAGAUCGAUGGUGAUCACGAUGACGAGAUGGCCGAUGUCGGUGGUGGUGACGUUGGCGCGCCCGGCCGCGGCGGCAAGCGGCCCAGUGGCUCGUCGUCGCGUAAGCGCAGUAGCAGCGCCCGCGGCGGCGGUAGCAAGAAGCGGCGGCGAAGUGAUGAAGCGGACAAGGCGGAAGCUGACGAGGGCGAGGCCGUUGCGGCUGAGGAGAGCGACGAGAGCGAUCGGGAGGAUGUUGACUGGGAGGCCCACCCUGCCGAGGCUAUCCUGGCAAAGACGUCGGACGGGAGAUACCUCGUCAAGCGUGCGAGCUUGGGCUUGGACGAGUACGGCAUCGUCAAUGGGCGUGCCGUCAAGCGCCAGCGGCUGAACAUGGGCAGUGAUGCGGCUGCCGGGGCAGGAGACAGCGAGGCGUCUCUGCCCGUGAGCAUCGAAAUGGUGGACGAGUUUGAGGCCUUUGAGCGUUCCUUCUGGGCCAGCAUCCAAGACCGCUCGGAUGGAGGCGAUUUGGACUUGGACGACCUGGGGGAGAAUUCCCCACUGGAGUUGUGUUACUACCUGGGCAAGCUGCGGGAGAACCGCAUGGCGCUGCACCCCGCAAGCAUAACCCGUCGCGACAAGGACACCAUGAUCCGCGUCCCCGCACUAAGGCUGUCUAUGGCCGUCCAGCGCGUGCUGAUGCUGGAGCGGCAGCGGGCGGAUAACCUGGCGGCGAGGCUGGCGGAGGCGGAAACAAGGUUAGCGCAGUACGAGGGGCAAGGAGAAGCCGAGGAGGGGGUCGUCGAGGAGGCGGAGGCUUAG